AUGUCAACGGUUGCGACUCGCGACUUUCCUGCCAACCCCGUCGUUCGGGCCGAGGCAAAGGACCGCCGUCGCCGGACCACGAAGGACAAGGUCUCGGAGAGCUCGAACAGGAGUGUCGCCGCGGCGAGCGAGGCACCGAAGGAAGAGCGCAUGCGACGGGCACCCGCAAAGCGCGUGAAGAAGGAGCCAACUGAAGGGCAGCCCGCGACAGGCUCGGGAAGCGCAAGUCGCUUGGUGCAGCCAUCGCCGACGGGCAGCGCGCCGCCACCGCCUGCAAGGCCCGUCGACAGGGACUUCAACGAAGGCGUUGCGAAGGCUCCCAUGAGGCUCACGUCGAAUUCGGGCGCGCUGUACCGUGGACCAGCUGACCUGCGCAGCUUCGGUCCUCGUCCUGGUGGGCCGAUUGGACCAGGUGGUCUACAUUCUGGGCUAGGUCAUUGGCCCAAGACGAUGCAUAAUGAUUGUGAGCCACCAAUGUCAUCUCGCGCGCCACCUCUGAUAUCGGGUACGAAACGCUCGUUCAGCCCCGGUCCUGAUAGUCGCAGCCUCGACAUGAGGCACAGCCGUGUUGGGAGCAUCGGCAGCAUGCCUGGGCAUGGAAACAGUGCGCUCACGUCUCUCGCCUAUCCCUUUCCAUCAGCAACCAAUGUCGCAUUCACCCGAGGCCCGUCAGACUGGGGCGCGGAGCUACCAAGUCACCUCUGGCUCGCGGGUGCAGACGGCGAGGGCCUCUCAGACAUGCAGGCAAGACUACGCACGCCCGGUAACCCUCCCAGCCUCACCGUCUCGGAGUUCGAGGUCGAACAACCGCACCACGUCAAGUCCGGCGCGCCAUCACACGAAGAUGAGCCCGCCUUCAAUACAGAUAUAUCGGGCGCUGCGUAG